CAUCCCUCCAAAUAUAUAAUCCCAUCGCCAUUCUCAACCCGCCCUGCAUCCACUCUCCAUCCAUCCCUGCUACCAGAUAUACAACAGAGCGCUUCUACUAGGCGAAAAACAAGACACAUCAACCCAACCAACAUCCACGCUCCCAUCCACAGAACGCGCCAUGCCAUUCUCAUUCUUCGCCCCCCCACACACCGCCCGCCCCUCCCCCUCCUCCGAACACUCGGACUUCUUCUUCCCCGAGUACCCCGCUUUCGAUUUCGACGGCCAUCUCUCGGCUGCUGGCGGCCUGGACGAACGGCGCGAGAGUGCCGAGUCUGCUUCGAGUAGCGGCUCGGAUGAGGCCGAGGCGGAUGGUGAUGAGGAGCAUGAUGGAGAUGGAAGGAUAAGCGGGCAGAGGAAGGAGGCUGCGCCGACACCGACAUUCACCAGGCCCUCACCAUCGCGCUCAUUCUCUCACCCCGUCCACGCGCCUGUAUCUUCACGCGCUACCCGUCCUCGCGGACUCACACCCCUCACCCCCAUCAACCCGCACCUCCCCUCCCCCUCCUCCUCCACCUCCCUAUCGUCCUCUUCUUCCUCAUCAACAUUCAUCAACCCCCUCCGCCCCUCCGGGCCCAAAGCCCAACCCCUCGCCCGCGCACUCUUUGCACGUAUGGCCGAAGGCCAGGGUCUUCCCGCUCUGGGUGGGGGAGGGGGGGUGGGGAAAGGAGGGAAGAAGCCGCAGAAGAUGGUUGUACCGUCGAAAGCGUUCAAGACGAGUUUUACGUUGGAUAUGAGUGCGAGCGAGUUGGCUAGGCGUUAAGGCGACAAGGAGGAUAAAGGACGUUUUUCUUGUUCUGCUUCUUUCGCUGCUAUACUUGGUCUUGCUGUUUCUCGUACUUUAAUCGUCUUUUUGCUGUUCUACCCCUUUCUUCUCCACGGGACAUUCUCCUCCACACAAGUUUAUUCACAACGACGAACAAAAGUAUUAUACUCUCCUCUUUUGGUACUCGAGCAUUAUCAUCAUUUUCUGUACCACACCAACGCACCAACGCUACAUAUUAUCCCAUUCUUACUUGUAUAUAAUCCAUGUCAUGUAGCUUAUAUCAUCAUUGUCAUCUUGUUGAACACCAGCAUCAGAGGGGGAGAGGGGUGAAAAUGUAUUAGGCG